UAUUUUUGUCAGUGAGGCGAUUAGGGCAACACGACACGACGACGACUCCUCUGCGUGUAUUUGAUCACACUGUCUCUGACGGUCUGACCUGCUGGGACUAGGGUUUUCAUCUGCUGAGCAUCAUUAUUUGCGACUUUGCUUCUCUCCGAUUUUCCACAAACCCUAGUCAUGGCCGAACAGACCGAGAAAGCAUUUUUGAAACAGCCCAAGGUGUUCCUGAGCUCAAAGAAGUUAGGGAAAGGAAAGAGGCCUGGAAAGGGAGGCAAUCGGUUUUGGAAGAGCAUUGGCUUAGGUUUCAAGACACCCAGAGAGGCAAUUGAAGGAACUUAUAUUGAUAAGAAGUGCCCAUUUACUGGUACUGUUUCUGUCAGAGGACGAAUACUUGCUGGAACUUGCCACAGCGCAAAGAUGAUGCGGACCAUUAUUGUCCGACGCAAUUAUCUUCAUUUUAUCAAAAAAUAUCAGAGAUAUGAGAAGCGGCACUCUAAUAUUCCAGCACACAUUUCUCCAUGCUUCCGUGUGAAAGAAGGGGACCAUGUUAUUAUUGGUCAAUGCAGACCUCUGUCUAAGACAGUGAGGUUCAAUGUUCUAAAAUUGAUUCCAGCUGGUUCAUCUGGUGGUGGAAAGAAGGCAUUCACAGGGUUGUGAGUUUCUUAGGGCUUAGAGUUCUUUUGAUUAGUUUCUGUGAGGGAGAAUGACUUGAGAUUUGAGUUGUCUUACCUAAUUAGCAAUUGUUUCAAUUUUGGCCUUGGUGUUUAAAUCUCUGUAUGACCAUAUAAUUCCUGGAAAAUGUUUGUUCUAAAUGUGCUCUCAAUCGGUGUAUUAUUUAUAUGCUGUGGCUAUUGUUUUCCA